AGCAGACUACGCUUGCCAUAUGUAUUCUUUCAACUACUCAGUCCACACCUACACACAUCAAUCCUCACAACAGCAUUAAUCUAUGGGAUCAGCAUCCCAUAUGAAUCCCUCAUCGCACUCUUGUCGCUGGAGACAAAAGGAGCGGAAUGCGCCCGGGGCGGUUUAUUCGCACGACAGCAGAGGGGCUGAGUUCAACUCUACCAGAUUCCCACAGGACACUCCUACCGAUGGUGAUUUGCAGCUCUGUUACACGACUAAAUCCUCAAUUUUCAACGCAAACAUCCACCAUAUUAAUGAAACUAUGCUGAGUGUUUGGACCCUCCUUUCAACUGCUAUUUGUGCAGUGUCAGUCUCUGCAAUAUCUCAGAGGCUUGUAUUCCACGGCCAGCAGUUGACUCUGGAUCUUCCUGAGAGGACACAGAGGUUGGAGUUUGUUAGUGCUGAUGAGAGUGAACAAUUUACUAUCUGGGAUCACAAAACCAUCUCUGUCCGGCCAAGUAACCCCAGCAAAGGCCAUGUGAGCAGCGUCGGUAAGGGCUGGACAUUCAGAAUCCAACGUGUUACGUUUGACGAUGAGGGAAGCUACAUCCUGCUCAAUCACUUUGGUUCAACCAUCAGCAGUCAUAUAGUGAAGGUCAAGACCAACAGAGAACUCAUUGAUCGUAUCGCAGGUGAAACUCUGACCAUAUCUCUGGCAGGACUCAAGCAGAGUGAUGCCAUACUUCACUUUUACAGUAAUAAUUCAUCUCUCAUCCUGGUGGAGAAUGGAGUUCCUGUGGGACGGAACCACCCAGACUACAUCAACCGGCUUAAAGUGACCAGUGAAAAGAUUCAGAUUCUCAAUGUAAAUACAUCAGAUAUAGGCAGAUACAGGCUCACCGAUCAUAAAGGAAGACUUGUCUCAAACAAUACAAUGAUACUAGUGGAUCAUCAUGAGUCUGCCGCCAAUAAAGGUCUUAUAGCUCUGCUGCUGCUCGGCAUUCCUGGUGGACUCUGCUUCUGCUGCAGAAAGAGAAUCUGCAAAAAGUGCCGGACCACUAAAUCUGACACAAACACAGGGCAGCCCAACACCGUACCAGUGUCUAUACCUUGCAGCAACACUAUGUCUGAUCCUUUAGGUCCUGGAGACAUUGGCCAGGGCUACAUCGCUGGUUAUCCACCUCAUCCAGAUCAAGGCCAGAUUCACUAUCCUUAUCCACCAGAGUCGAGCGGACAACCUGCUGUUCCUCCCAACCCUGGCUUUUAUCCUGAGUAUCAAAACCCUGUCUACCCUCCUGCCUUUGGACCUGGACUUCCCCCUGCUCAGCCGCCCCAGUGGAAUGCCCCUCCAACCCACUACAACCCAUCUGCACCUGUGAACUAUACACCAGUAAUGAGCAGUGCUCCUCCUGGGCCUGAACCCAGCAUGUUGAAUAUGAAUGAAUUGCCGCCAACUGCACCACUGCUCACACCUCAGCCUGAGGUAACAUCUACCCUUUUUCUACCCUUCUCAGCCUAUGACUCUGGUGUCAAGUUUGACGUGAACAAAGGAAAGUCUCCUGGCAACAACUUCCUGUAGUUACUCCAAAAUCCUGAAUUAUCCCUGCACGUGAUGUAGAAACAAACACUUGUUUGUUAGAUUCAUACAAAAUCCAAGCCUUAAAAAGAAGAAUAAUAAUUUUGGCCUUAGAACUAAUAGGACCUUAAUUAAAACUACUACUUAAAUAGUUUAUGAUGAGACAUAUUCUUUCAGGACUCAGUCUAGCUUAAGUGCUAUAGAAGGAUAUUACAAUUUGAAAAAGAAAAAAAACUAAAUCCCUUUAUAUAUUACACACUGUACCUUAAAUCCCUGUUAACUCUUUUCCCAUGAAAAACAGCUUCCAAAGAAGCGUGUCUUUUUUCUUACCCCUUAAUGUCACUCUCUUGCUGCUCUUUAAUAGCAGAAGAAAAAGCUGUUGAAUAAUACCAACGAUAUUUUAAAAAGCUACCUCCAUAUUUUCAGCAAAAUGUUUUCAUAUUAAAGUCACAUUACAAUAUGGACAAAAGAAUGACUUACCCUCUGAAUGGGCUUUCAGCAACACCCAAUGUUGACAGAUGUGUAUAUUCCAGUAAAAAGCCAUGCAAUUUCCAUAGACACACACUAGUUAUGACCUGUCCUGAAGUUCAGUUUAAAGGUGAGAGUGAGCUACCAUUUUCACUUUAUCUAAUCUCUCCAUUCAGUCAGGCUGAAGAGGCUAUAUUCUACACUUUUGUGUAGAACUACAUGUGAUACGAAGCCAUUAUUUUAUUAUUGUAGGAUGUAGUUGUGCAAAUGUCCAUACACUAUUAGUGUAUAUAUAUUCACUCUAUUUACUUUUUUGCCAACUUUUAUGUACAUGCUUACCACACUCUCUUGUUGUGUUGGGAAACAACAACAAAAACCUGUAACCUGAGAAACCUAAAAUGUACAUUGUUAUUUUUACCUGCUUAAACAGCAUCAUGUAAACCCCAGGAAUCAGACACAUAUAUGAAAAAAUGACAGGAUUUCUGUCUAAUUAAGUUAAACACAUAUAAUGCCUGUUAUUAGUAAUGCAUGUUAGUGAAUUUAAAUGUAUUAACAGUGUUUCAGGGAAUUUUCUCAACUACCAAGCCAGUAGUAACUUUUCAUAGUGCUGUUAGCUGAAAUAAAACAAAUGCUGCAAGCAAAACAUUUAUACUUGAAUCUUGGUAAUGUGUGUAAAAUAUUACAGUGACAUUUUAUAUAAGGAUUUGUGUUGUACCUGCAUAUUGAUGGGUCAUUUUAACUGCCCUUUAACUGCUAUCAUUUUCUUCACCGGGACUACGUUUACUGUUCGUAUUUUAUAUUAUCAUUACAUGUUCUAAGUAUAAAUUUUUUUAUUUUGUCUGACAUCUAGUGCCAACUGGCAAAGUCAUUUCUCUUGUUAUGUGUUGCAUUAUUGGAAAACUAAAUGUAAUUUGUUGUCACACUUUGAACUAUAAUAAGAAUGACAAUAAACAUGAUUAUAAUAAAAAGUAUUUAUGUUGCUUUUAAGGUCUGCACAUUAAGCAUCUCCAGGAUUUGAUCAAAACAGACAUUGCAACCAGUUAGGUUUCAGUAAUUUCUCCAUAACACAAAAUAUUCCACUGGAUUCACCCAGUUGAAGGGGAUAUAUAGAAUUGGGUGUAACAAAUAAAUGAAUAAAUAAAUAAAAUAUUAAAAUAAAUAAAAAGGUGGCGAUUCUAGAACUUGAAAAGAGGAUUUACAUCUGAUUCAGACUAAAUGUAGAGGUUAAUUUUUCAGUUGUUUUGCCAAAAC